UCCAAGACGGAUCACGAAUCAAGUCACGAAUUCAGUAUAGUCUUAGUCACGGUCACGGCCAGGAAGGAGUGGUUGCUAAUGCCAAACUCUGAGAGUGCAUUGCACAACGUUUUGCAUUGCACAAAGUUCACAGUGUCGCUAAGAUGCUGACAGAUGGCGGAGCUUGUGUCAUCCUUUGGCUCUUGUUGUCGGGCGCGAAUGUAGCCAAGACGACAGCAGCUCCUUGCAACCCGAACGCCCAGGUUGACAUCUACUUCAUGAUAGACGCCUCAGGUAGCGUCAAGGCUCAGAACUUCCCACAUCUUCUCCAGUUUGUGAACAUCCUGAUCGGGUCCCUUCCCAUUGGCCAGAACCAGGUCAGAGUAGGCGUCUACAGGUUCAACCACCAACCCACCUUCAUAUUUCCCCUAAACAGGUAUUACAACAAGGCCGCCAUGCAACGAGCAGUCAGCGCCAUCCGGUUUACUGCGGGAACGACUGGAACUUUUCGCGUACUGAGGCAAAUGAGGCUGAAUGGCUUUACUGCCGCAAAUGGUGACCGGCCAGGUGUCCACAACAUCGGUAUUCUCAUAACCGACGGCAUCUCGAACAACCCCUACCAAACCAUCGCCGAGGCAACCGCGUGCAAGAGAGCCGGCAUUGAACUCUUCUGCGUCGGCGCACAAAUACCCUCGAUGAAGGAGGUCACGGCCAUAGCCUCGAAGCCGAAGAAACCUCACUUGUUCCGCGUGAAUAAGUUUCAUCAGAUGAAGAGUCAAGCGCCCGCGAUAUUCAAAAAGAUUUGCAGUCAGAUCUCGAAGUACUUCUCAAAUGGUGAGUAA